AGUAGGACUACUAUUGGUGGCACUGCUGUUGCCUGCAGCUGAUGCUCGAAGUCGCCGGUCAUCGUCCGCGAAGCUCCUCAUCUGAAUGGCUGAAAAGCGCCGAACGUCAGAGAGACCAAGGAAACCCAUGGCGCGAGAUCACUUUCCGUAGACAGCAUAAUCUGGAAUUUCAACUCAUCUCCAGCCGCAUAUCCAGAUCAAAUGGUCGCUCCAGACUCCCAGUACCUUGCCAACUCGGUCAAACAUCAGAAAGGUAUCGCUUUGCUGCUGUCACGUGAAUCACGCGAAUCCCGUGAUAAUAUUCUCCUUCCCCGUUCUUGCCCCAAACUCGAUUACGGCGCGUUGACAGGGAUCCCGCUGUAUCGAGCAAUUCAGAACAUGAGAGGAUGAUGCAACAACCAGAAACUCCUGAGACUCGGUCUGAAAAUGCGGAAAUUCAAUCACAAGAUGAUGGCGGGGACUAUACGCCACGCAGAAACAUGAUCCCCAUCAUGAUUGCACUCUGCGUCGCGUCGUUCCUUGCUAUUCUUGACAUCUCCUUCGUCACAACCGCCUUGCCGACAAUUUCGGCGCACUUCAAGGCUUCUCAAAUCAGCUACUCAUGGGUUGGUUCGUCUUACCUCGUAACCCAGUCCGCUUUGGCUCCGUUUUGGGGCAAGGUGAGCGACAUUUUUGGACGCAAGCCAAUUACGUUGCUGGCAAUGUUCGUCUUUUUCAUUGGAAGCUUGGUUUGUGCCGUAGCAAAUAGCAUUGGCAUGCUUAUUGCUGGGCGUGCUAUUCAAGGUGCUGGAGCUGGCGGCGUAAUGCUCAUCGUGACGAUUCUAAUAGGAGAUCUCGUCAGUCCAAGAGAGCGUGGACUAUAUUUUGCCUUUCUCGGUGGGGUAUAUGCCGUCGCAAUAUCUUCCGGUCCUCUCAUAGGAGGAGCACUGGCAGAAAACAUCGGCUGGAGAUGGUGCUUCUACAUCAACCUACCGUUCCAGGGAAUCGCUUUUGCCCUCCUGGUCUUUUUCCUCCACGUUCACAAUCCCCGUACCGAAAUUAUCAAAGGUUUAAUGGCUGUUGAUUGGCUGGGAUCGAUUGCUAUUACAGGUUCGGUCCUUAUGCUUCUCCUGGGCCUCCAGUAUGGCGGUGAGGUGCAUCCUUGGAGCUCUGCCAUUGUCGUGUGUUUGAUACUAUUCGGCGUGUUGGUUUGUGGCAUCUUUGUUGUCAUCGAGUGGAAGCUGGCCCGUUAUCCGGUGCUCCCUCUACGACUGUUCACGACUCGCCCUAUUAUCGCCCUUUUCGUGGUGGAUCUCACGCACGGAUUCCUUUUGUACGGCACGGCCUACUUUAUCCCAUUCUACUUCCAGGUAGUUACUGGAGCAACACCAAUUGACUCGGCGGUCUGGUCCCUUCCUCUCGCCAUUCCCCUGGCUCUCUUCACCAUCGGGACAGGUCUUUAUAUGCGGAAGACGGGAAGGUACUUAUAUAUGAUCAUUGCAGGCAUGGCUAUCUCCACUCUGGGCACCGGUCUGUUGAUCGAUUUCGGUGCAGAAAUCAAUUGGCCAAAGAUCAUCAUCUAUCAACUGAUUAUCGCCGUCGGCCUGGGUCCCAACUUUCAGGCACCGACCAUUGCUCUGCAAGCAAGGUUUCCGCCCGCCGACGCGGGCGUCGCCGUCUCCGCAGCCAGUGCAAUCCGCGCACUCAGCGCCGCCUUCAGCAUCGUUAUGGGCGGCGUCAUUCUUGAGAAUCGACUCUCGGCACAAAGCGGUCGUCUCAUUGUUUCUGGAGUCAGCCCUACAAUGGCGGCAGCAAUUGCACGGGAUGGCGCAACUGGAUCUAUGGACCUCGUUGCACAGCUCACUCCGGCCCAGCAGAACAUUUUCAGGUUGACCGUAAAGGACAGUCUUGCCGAUAUGUGGAUCUUCUUCGUCGUUCUUUCCGGAAUUGGACUGAUUGCAUCUUUCCUCGUUGGAAGCGAGGAACUUUCCGAUGAGCAUGUUGAACAUAAGACGGGUUUGGGAGUGGAAGAGGCAAAUCGAUUGGCGCAUGAAAAGCCGCGGGUCACUGAGCCAGAAUCGGCUGAGAUGACUUGAAAACACUCCACAACUUGGAGGAGUGCGAUACCUCACCCACGCUGGUGACGCAUCUUCUGAUUUUUGGCAUUCGACAAGAAUGCGCAUAAUUUGUACUUUCUUGAAGUUGGAAGAGGAAACAAAUUGCCAAAGGAGAUUGCUCUGAAAUAUUGCAAUCGAUUAAACUUAUCGACCGCAUUAUCAGGUCCAGCGUCACUGUGCAAUAAGCUAAAUCUGUAAGAAACCUGAACUACCACUUAUAUACC